UCUUCUCCCCUGAGGAGAGGCCUCUCUUUAGAGAAGAAAGCCAUCGUGUCCGCAGAAACAAAAGAAGCAAAAACAGCGAAGGAUCAGAGAAGUCUUGGUUUAAUGUGGAGGAUGCUAAUUGACACCAAAAAAAUAUCCAAGUCACCACUCCACCCAUCGGUCAGAAGAGUAUAGGUGCACCCCUGGCAUUUAGUGAGGAGCUUUGCUUAUGAGGAUAUCAGAGAUGGAACUGAUGGAGAAACUGGGAUGCAUGAACAUGAGCAGCUUCCCAGGACUGUUCUGUGCUGGAGUAGCCCUUCCAGAGAAACAGGCACAAGCCCUUCUAAAAAGAAGAAAGGCAAAAAAGCUGGCCCUCCAGGACCUGUUGGGCCCCAAGGCCCUCCUGGACCACCUGGACCCCAGGGCCCCCCUGGAAUUCCAGGGAUCCCUGGCAUUCCAGGCACCACAGUGAUGGGACCCCCAGGACCUCCAGGACCUCCAGGCCCCCAGGGACCCCCUGGGUUGCAAGGUCCAACUGGUACAACAGAAAGAGCAGGACCUAGGGAUUCACAGCCAGCAGUAGUUCAUCUCCAAGGACAGGGGUCUGCGAUUCAAGUCAAGAAUGAUCUUUCAGGUGGAAUUCUUAAUGACUGGUCUCGCAUAACAAUGAACCCGAAAGUGUUUAAGCUGCACACCCGGAGUGGCGAGCUGGAGGUACUGGCAGACGGCACGUACUUCGUCUAUAGUCAGGUAGAAGUAUAUUACAUAAACUUCACAGAUUUUGCCAGCUUUGAGGUGGUGGUGGAUGAAAAGCCCUUUCUGCAGUGCACUCGGAGUAUUGAAACAGGAAAGACCAAUUUCAACACCUGCUACACAGCUGGGGUUUGUCUCCUCAAAGCUCGGCAGAAGAUUGCUGUGAAAAUGGUCCACGCUGACAUCUCCAUCAACAUGAGCAAGCAUACUACCUUCUUUGGAGCCAUACGGCUAGGGGAUGGGCCCUCUUCUUAAGGACCUUGUGACCUAAGGUGGGGGCUUCCCAAGCCACCUGGCAUUGCUGUUCAAAAGAAUUGGGAAGGGUCAAAGAAAGAACUGAUGACAGGUAUUUAUUUUUUUUUUAUGUAACUGCAGGAAGAAAGCAAGGUUUCCCUUGGUUCCAUUAGGGCGGUGCUAAAAAAUGGAGCAUUGACAGGGAGAAGGGCAAGCCUGAGUUGCAUGUAUCACACCAGAGGUGCCUACUCACAGCAGGCGGUGAGAAGGUCACUUUCUUCUCACAUCUUGCAUUUGUAAGAGUAACUAUGGCAACAGAUGAUAGAAGGCAUGCAACUGAAUGCUGUCCAGGAAGUAAAAUUCUUUGAAAGAAGCACAUUAACACCGAAACUCUUCGUCCCACUCUUAAUUUUUCAUACCAAAUAUACAGGGGACCCUAGAUGUGGCCUGGGAAACAUUUGUGUUUAGAAACUGGAAAUAUGGAUGAGGGACUAUUUAUAAAGCUGGAAGUUGCCUUCAGCAAAAACACACUACCCAGUUAAAAUAGUGAAUUCAUCUUUCAAAAGCAAAUGUGCUGUUACAUGUUUUUAAAAAGGUGUUUCUUUCUGGAUUUGGUUUUGCAGUCUUUCUGUCUCUACCCUGACUUGUUCUAAAUGUGGCAUUCCCAGUUCUGCCUUGACAUUUGUCUUCCAGAUCAAUAUUAGCAGAAAGGUUUUUUUUCAAGCUUCCCAGCAGCCAUUUUCUUUUCAUAGUGAGCUGAGUCACAGAGCAGUAAAACUCAGGGCAACCUUGCCUUGCACAGGGGUUAUGACCUGAGGUGUGGACAAGCAGUCUAUUUCCUAAAUCCACUGACAGAAGAGAGGCUAACGGAAGACAGAAUUAGGAAGUUCUAGGAUUGAGUUCUGACUAGAGGAGAAUCUCUCUGGGAAGCAACCUUUUCUGUUCUAUACAGAUCAAUUUCAGCUAAACUUUAAAGCAACUGCUCUCAGCAGAUACUUUAAGGCUGUGAAUGAUUAACACCAAACAUUAUAUGACCACGCACUCUAUUUUCCUGUGAAGCAAUUCUGGCAAACCACUAAGUCAGCUGGCAAGGGGGAUCAUUUAGCAUCUGCCUCUGUCCCUUAGAAAGGUGAUGGGAGGAAGUUAAAAGCAAGCAUUGUGGUCAUAGUCUGCUUCUUCCAACUCUCUGCCAGGGAGACAGAAAGAAUGUCGCCAGUUUGCUUCAGCCCAGCCUGGUUUUUAAUAGCAACUGUCCUGGUGGUGUAAGUGGGGGAGCAGUAAAGACUGUUUUACUCAGUUCAGACACAGUAUAAGUCUGCGUCUGCAGGAAGCAGGAGAGGGUGGAUGGACGGUCCUCUGAACUGAAAAUGUUGAGAAUCCUUUCAUGGCAGUGGCAAUAAAGUGCCAAUGCAGUGCUUGGUUUUAACUGGCAACUAUAAAGUUGAAAUUCUACUAUUGUGCUAUGCACAGAUGUCUUGAUUCUCCUGUUCUCACUUAUUUGCAAACAUGAAGAAAUGCAUCUGAAAAAGGUGUGUGAACUUUGCAUUAUCUGCAGGAUCUAGUUCAGCCAUAAUUUUAAAAGAUGAUUGCAGCAAGGCCAGUGCCCAUCACUUCUUGUGAUGUAAGUCUGUUUCACUUUGGAAACAGUGCCCUGCAGCAUGGAGGCUGAAAAUUCCAUCUGAGAAUGAAGCCUCCUCUGUUUCUGCCCUUCGACCAGCCAUGAGGGUCAAGGCUCCAAGCCAGCGGUUCUGCUUCCAUUUAUUUACAAACUGUUCUGUAUCAGGCUUCCCUGUUUUUAAUGGUGUUAGCAGUUGGCUUCAUUAGAGUUUAAAAUAAGACCCACCAAGGGAAGUUUGGUCAUUAGGUGUCUUAAAACAGUAAUGUUAGUCAAACUCUGUUCAGACUCUGAAUGACAGGAAAGCUGCAGGCGCAAGUCAGCCCCUCUUGCAGUGGGGCAAGACAUGGGAGAAGGGGUGCAACUUUUAGGCUGCUCUGUGGGCCAGCAGCUCUAGUCACAAUUUGAUCUCUGUGUGUAUAUAAAUAUAUAUAUAUAGAUAAAGAUAUAUAUAUAUAGAUAUAAUAGAUAUAUAAUGUAUAUAAACUGGGAUGUAAGUUUAGUUAAUUUACAGUAUUUUCUUUGCAAAUAAAGCUCUUCUGAUG